UUGAGAUUUAGUCUAGCGAGAGCUGCUACACGGAUUUCAUCUCCAAUUGUACUCCUAUUGGAAGUUAUACUCAGUUGAGCGGAUAUCUUAUUGGAAAUCACAUUAAGUCGUGAAAGAGGUGCUGCUAUUCAAAGACUUUAUUCUUAUUAGAACGUAGAUUCAUUCCGACAAAAGCUGAUUCCGAAUUCAACUCUAAGUGUAUUUGCAUCGAGAUUCUGAUUCGCAUAUUAAUUUGUUACAUAAGUACGAACUGAAACAUGGAGCUAGUGUGUGUAGAGGAUUUUGAGAAAGAGGCUUUCACCAAGCUGGAGAAAAAUGCCUUAGACUACUAUCGAAGCGGAGCAGGAGAACAGUUCUCACUUGGACUAAAUCGAGAGGCAUUCAAAAGAUUGCGUCUACGUCCACGAUUUCUGCGCGAUGUCUCUCAUCUUGAUAUUAGCUGUGAGUUUCUUGGACAGCAGCAUAAGUGGCCGGUGGGCAUCGCCCCGACAGCUAUGCAGAAGAUGGCGCAUCCAGAUGGCGAGAUAGGCAAUGCACGCGCCGCUGGCAAAGCAGGUUCCAUAUACAUUCUGAGCACACUUUCCACCACAUCGCUGGAGGAUUUGUCGGCUGGAGCACCCGAUACAUGCAAAUGGUUUCAGCUCUAUAUCUAUAAAGAUCGAUCACUUACCGAGAAACUCGUGCGUCGCGCUGAAAAGGCAAAUUUCCAGGCCCUUGUUUUAACAGUUGAUGCUCCCAUAUUUGGCCACCGGCGCUCCGAUGUGCGUAACAAAUUCAGUUUGCCAUCGCAUCUGAGUUUGGCGAACUUCCAAGGGGAGCAGGCGAAUGGUGUGAUCACAAUGGGGGGCUCAGGCAUAAACGAAUACGUGGCUAGCCAAUUUGAUGCCAGCAUCACGUGGAAGGACAUUGGUUGGCUUAAGCAGCUAACACACCUGCCCAUCAUUGCUAAGGGCGUGCUAACCGCAGAGGAUGCCGUCUUGGCUAAGGAAUUCGGCUGUGCUGGCGUAAUUGUCUCCAAUCAUGGCGCCCGGCAAAUUGAUACUGUGCCAGCGUCCAUAGAAGCAUUGCCUGAGGUGGCAAAAGCUGUGGGCAACGAUUUGGUUGUAAUGUUAGAUGGCGGCAUUAUGCAGGGAAAUGAUAUAUUCAAGGCGUUGGCGCUCGGUGCCAAGACCGUUUUCAUAGGCCGUCCGGCAGUCUAUGGUCUGGCCUAUAAUGGGCAGAGCGGUGUCGAGCAAUUGCUGAGUGUAUUACGAAAAGAUUUUGAAAUCACGAUGGCCUUGACAGGUUGCCAAACUUUGAAAGACAUCCAAUCGGGAAUGGUGGUGCAUGAGUCUUUCUAUUCAAAAUUAUAAUCUCAAUUCAAUCAGAACACUGAACUACCAAAGGUAAGAACGUACUCCAGAAUAAUAAAAUUUACGAAAAAUAAACAUUAAUAUAUACACAAUAUUAAGACGGUUAAGAAUUAUUUA